GGAGCAUAAAGAAGGUGAAGAUGAUUAUCAAAGCAUAGUAGGAAGAGGAGAUUUGGGUGCUAAUGUAAGGUUAUGUGGAUUUUCUAAAUUUGUAUCAAUGUAUAGUCAACAAGGUAAAAAGGGGAUCAAUCAAGAUGCCAUGACUGUUUGGGAGAACUUUGGUGGACAGAAAGGUAUGUUUUUCUGUGGUGUUUUUGAUGGACAUGGACCAUCCGGCCACAAGGUGGCACGUUACGUUAGAGACUCGUUACCUUCUAAACUUUCAUCAUCCAAUGUGAUCAGUGCCAACGAUAUUAGAUGGGAUGCUGAAAAGGAUGAUGAAUCUAACAACCCUAUCUUCGAUGCAUGGAAAGAUAAAUUCAUCAAGUCUUUUAAAGAAAUGGAUGAAGAACUUGAAGGUGAUGGUUCUAUCGAAAGCUAUUGCAGUGGUACAACUGCAGUGACUUUAGUUAAACAGGGAGAACAUUUGAUAGUUGGAAAUUUAGGAGAUUCUCGAGCUAUUAUCUGCACCAGGGAUGACAAAAAUGAGCUUGUUGCUAAGCAACUCACGGUAGACUUGAAGCCUAACCUCCCAGCUGAAUAUGAAAGAAUCAAAAGUUGUGAAGGAAGAGUAAUGGCGAUGGAGGAAGAACCAAAUAUAUACAGAGUAUGGAUGCCUGAUCAAGAUUGCCCUGGCCUUGCCAUGGCAAGAGCUUUCGGAGAUUUUUGUUUGAAAGACUUCGGUCUCAUCUCGGUACCUGAAGUAUAUUAUAGAAAGCUCACUGAAAAGGAUGAAUUCAUUGUCUUGGCAUCGGACGGGUUGUGGGAUGUUUUAAGCAACGAUGAAGUGAUCCGGAUAGUAGCUUCAGCAAGGAAGCGAUCUAUUGCAGCAAGACUUGUGGUGCAUCAUGCAGUUCGAGCCUGGAAAUACAAGUACCCGUGUGCCAAGGUAGAUGAUUGUGCUGUUGUAUGCUUGUUCUUGAAACGCCAGAAGCCUCUGCUAACGAAAUCGUUGUCAGAAGUAACCGAGCUGAGCUUAAAUUAUUCAGAGAUAGCAACCAGCAAAAACUACUCACCAAACUCCAAGAUAGAUGAUGGUCUUGAUACACUGCUAAAUUAUCAAGUCAAGGAAGAAAAAGAUCCAAAUGUUGCAACUGGACUUAAUGAUGAUCAUAAAAAGAGUUCUUCGAGACACGCUCGUUACCUUAGCAGAAGAAAAUCUGCAGUGAAUUUUUGAGUCCAUUGUAAUGAAGCAGUAA